UGUCUGUCCAGCGUCUGCAGCAUCCGAUCAUCCUGUCGAGUGUAGUUGGAGCGUGUUGAGUGAAUCAAUUCUUGGGAUAUCUUAGCUUCAUCAUAUAAACCGAUCUCCCUCUUGCUGCCGCUCUCGCGCGGCUGAAUUGCGCGUCAUCGUCGAGGGUUGAAGUCUGCCUGGAGAGCGAGGGAACUCGGGCUUCACUCACGAUACCCGCCUGUCCCGUCUCUCGAAUCCUUUCAUCUCGUCUCGUCUCCUUUUCUUUCAUCGAUUUCAUCUUUCCAUUCAUCUCAUCUGCUCCGCUUCCUCCCCCAUCUCGCUUAGCAACUCAUCGGAUCCUUUCUCUCCACAGAAUCUCUGCUGCAUCUUCAUCCCUUCCGACGUCCCUCUCUUCCUCCUCCUUCGCAGUCCCUGUCUAUCCGUCUCGGCCUUGGAACGACCUCGGAAUCCCGUCUGCGGCGCCCUGUACCCGCUGUGAAUCCCGCGCCGUCUGCUUGUCUGCCCACAUUUAAGUUUCUGCGGUGGACGGCGUCCCAUCCAUCCAUUCAUUUAUUCCUUCAUUUAUUCAUCGAUUCCAUCCACGGGUAUUCCUUUUUAUCGUCUCUGCUUUUCCUUUCCUGUUCUAGAAAGGAGGCUCUUGAGGCGGCUUCCCCCACUUUCUACACGGCGUUUCUCCUUCGUCUCCAUCCGGAUCGCAUUAUAUUUUCCGCAAGGGUUGUCUUCUUUUUCUUCCGUCGUACUAAGCGCUCUAUCUAUCUCCUGAACCCCCCCCAACCAAAAGAAAAGCCCCAUCGACUCUCGUGUCGAGGGCAUUCUGAACCUUUGGUUUUGUUGAGGAACUUGCGAUGGCGGAUGCGCUUUUCAUCAAGAACGAACCCAACGAUCACGGCAAUUUCAUAAUGUCGCAUUCAGGAUAUUCUAUGCCAAACCAACAACAGUUUGGGAACCACUUUGGUAAUGACAACGACGGUAUCGAUCCCUCGGAUCUAUCCAUGCAGAACAACGGAUUCAUGCAGUUCGCCUUCGGUCCUCAGCAGAGCGUUUCGUCGAAUUUCAAUUUCGGGAAUUCAGGCAUCGGGACUGACGAGUUGCUGGACCUGGAAAUAAACCCCCCGAACGACCUCCACCGAGGAGAUGGCAUGAACUACCUUCAGGAUCAGCACCAGAACGCUGGUCUCUCCAUGAGUCACCCGGGGACAAUGGCCCAGUUGUACUCCCACACCCCCGACGGUGCUCCCAUGCAGAGCCCUUUCCUUCAGAACAGCUUCAACUAUGAUCAGUUCAGAUCCCUAAAUCAACAGGCGCAACAGAACGCCUCACAUUUCAACAGCCCGAGCACUGCCAACUUCGAUCAGAGUUUCUUGAACGGCAAGUCGCGACCCAGCAUGCAAGCGAUCGACCGCGCCUCUGCCGACGCCCGGAGCCCCAUGACGCCCAAGUCUGCCAUGGGCUCUCUAGGUCUUGGCAUCCCGGAGCCUAGUAGUUUUCCUACACAGCCCAUCCGGGCCACGGCCCUAUCCCACCGCCACCAAAAGAAACUGUCCAACCAGUGGGAUGGAACUCCAGGCAGCGCACAGUCCUUUGUUGAGUCCCCCAUUUCGUCACCCGGGCAUCUGUCCCACCACGCCGGUAUUUCCGAGGUCCUGAAGUCCGGCAAGCAUGCCUCGUUGCCGGCCAAAGUUGACGACGGGUCUUUGUCGCCCAGUGCGCAAAGUCUGGAGUCGCAGGAGGCUAAGCGGCGACGUCGCAGGGCCUCACACAACCUGGUCGAGCGUCGACGGCGCGAUAAUAUCAACGAACGUAUCCAGGAUCUCUCCCACUUGGUGCCUCAACACCGGCUAGAGGAUGACAAGGUCCGGAAACAACUCGUCAAUAACAGCACGCUGUCUGGAUCGAACCCUGCUACAUCGCUCCUCGCCGGUGGCAAUGGCCGUCGUGCGACACCCGGUAACAUUACGAUGGGCCUGCCGAUCGAGGAGAAGGAGAAAGGCCCCAACAAGGGCGAUAUCCUUAACGGCGCAGUGGGCUGGAUGAGAGACCUCAUGUGGGCUCUGCACGUCAAAAUGCAGCAGGAAUCGGAAUUGGCGGAAUUGAUCAGCAGCCUGGGAGGCACCUGGCCCUUUGAGCAAACAGAGGAAGAGAAGCGCAUGCGGACCGAGCUACUCGAUGCUAUCGAGAAGAACGACCCCGGCAGCUUCAACUACAGCAGGGGUCCUGGGAGCGGCCUGAGGGUACCCAAACAUACGAAUCUGGCUGGUGACUCCCUUUCUGGAAAUGAAGCAAGUCCCCGAAGCCUCAACUCCCCUUUCAACGGCACUGGAAAUAGCAACCAUGGCGGCCAAAACCAGGCCCAGUUUUGGACCACCUCAGGCCACGCUGGGAUCAGCUUCAAAGAAGAAGACGAAUACUCAAUGGACAUGAAUUAAGCGAACAGUUUACCAUCACGGCUUUCUAGUAUCUCGAGCGUGACACGAUCUACUCUAUGAAGAUAUGUUUGAUGACACUGUUGCAUACAAGGCGUCAAACGGAGGGCGGAAUCCGUGGCCGGCGUAUUCGUCUGGAUUAUAAUCAUCUUGCCAUAGCCACUUUUCUUUUCUUUUCUUUUCUUUUUAACUUUGAUCUACCUCUUAAUCUUUCUCAUUUACUCAUAUCAUUCUACUACUGCGUCAUCUUCUGGUAUUGUUUAUCUGGAUCUUGAUUUGUUGACGAAAUUUGUGAAUCUUCUCAGUGGAUUCGAAUCAGACUUGAAUGGCCUAUGCUUAAUGACGGCUGUAAUAAACUGGGAACCGAGGAGUUUUCAGGUCAAUUCCCUUUUUCUUAUUUGUUUUCACCUUUGUUUUUUUUUUCUUCCCCUCUGGAAUCUUGUCCCCUCUGGACACAUCUUGUAUGUAUCCAUUAUCUUAUUCCCCCUUGGGAAACUGGUCAAUCACAACUCAAGACAAGGGAGACAGGACAAGAGAUCUGACCUGAUGCGAUGCAAUGUGGUGUGCUGGAGGCAUAUGCCAAAAACUGCUUUACCCAUUCAUUUCAUUUGAUUGAUAUAUUCAGUAUGCGAAACUGGCAAUGCGACUUCUCCCAUCACAGCUGCAUUUCUUUUUAUUAUUUUUAUUCAUUUUUUCUCUCUCUUGAUACCCCCUUGUACAAGGUUUUAAUUUACACUGCUAAUGAAGAUUGGAUUUUCUGGUUUUUUCUAUUCUGUUGUUGUCUUUUCUGUUGUCUAGGUAUGCUUUGAACAUUAGAUAAUAAUGUAUGAAUUGUCCUCCA